GCGGCCGGGGAGAGGCGGGGCCGGGCCGGGCCGUGGCGAUGAGCGGGGCUGCGGGGCGGCCGCGGGGCAUGGCCGGCGGGCCGGGAUGGCUCCUGCUGCCUCUGCUGCUGCCUCUGCUACUGCUCCUGCUGGUGCCGGGCGGCCUGGGCAAGCCGACAGUGCGGCAGGAGCGGGCCCGUCCCGGCGCCGCGCAGCAGCAGCAGCAGCACCACGAGGACGGCCCGGGCUUCCAGUACGACCACGAGGCCUUCCUGGGCAAGGAGGAGGCGCGGAGCUUCGACCAGCUCAGCCCCGAGGAGAGCCGCGAGAGGCUGGGGAAGAUUGUGGAUAGAAUAGAUGAAAACAAAGAUGGCUAUCUCACAACAGAGGAACUGAAAAACUGGAUUAAACGGGUACAGAAACGCUACAUCUACGAAAAUGUUGCUAAAGUUUGGAAAGACUAUGAUCUAAACAAGGACAAUAAAAUCGCCUGGGAAGAAUAUAAACAAGCCACAUAUGGUUAUUAUCUAGAAAAUCCAGAAGAAUUCCAAGAUGCAACUGAUCGGCACAGUUUUAAAAAAAUGCUGCCCAGAGACGAAAGACGAUUCAAAACUGCAGAUCUGGAUGGAGACCUAGCUGCCACUCGUGAAGAAUUCACAGCUUUCCUUCACCCAGAGGAGUUUGAGCAUAUGAAAAACAUUGUUGUCUUAGAAACCUUAGAAGACAUUGACAAAAAUGAGGAUGGUUUUGUGGAUCAGGAUGAGUAUAUUGCUGAUAUGUUUGCAAAUGAAGAGGGUGGACCAGAGCCUGACUGGGUGAUUACAGAGCGUGAGCAGUUUUCAGAUUUUCGUGACCUCAACAAGGACGGAAAGAUGGACAAGGAAGAGAUUCAGCAUUGGAUUCUCCCACAAGACUAUGAUCACGCACUAGCUGAAGCCAGGCAUUUAGUCUAUGAAUCGGAUGUAGAUAAGGAUCAAAAACUAACAAAAGAGGAAGUUCUAGACAACUGGAAUAUGUUUGUUGGAAGUCAAGCUACUAAUUAUGGGGAAGACCUCACAAGAAACCAUGAUGAGCUAUGAUACAGUAUACCAAGCAACGUGCCACAGACCUUUUCUCCACUUUACUGAAGUCAUCGUGUCCAUCCUCCCUUUUAGGGGAAGAUGGGCAAGGGACACACUCACGACUGAAUGACUUGCAUUAAUAUAUUUCUAACAAGCCAGCUUAUUACCUCAGAAACUGCAUAGAAAUAGCAUUUUAGUCUCUUCACAUGGUUAAAUACAAUAUCUAAUUACUAUAGUUCUAUUUUUGGAAAAAACGUAGUAUAUUUGAGCCUAACCUGGAAAAGACAACUCCAAGGACCUUUAAUAAUAAUUCAUUUUCUUCAAAUACCCAUUUUUACCAUAGGGAAAUGCAGCUAGGAUUAGAAAGAAACCUAGCUUUUGAAAUAGAUGAGGUUGCUUAGCUAUCUUUUUUUUAAUAGCAUAUAACAAUUUAACAAUGUAGAAUUUUAGUUUCAGUCUUCUGUACAGAGAAAAGAUUUACCAAGUUGCCCGGCCUUUUUCUCCACACUCCAUUUUUCUCUCCUAAAUGGGCCGGAGGUAACCAGCAGCCCUGUGUGCUGUAUCUUUACAAGGGCAAUGUAUAAAGCCGGCCCUUCCCUCUAGCCCCCAUCGCAGCGCAGAGGCAGCACACGUGGCCUAGCACCCAUGCUGGCAUUCCUCGGCAAGGGUUGUAGAGUUCAUAGUGACAACUGUUCCUUCUGACAACGGAACAACAUACAAUUGUUUGUGGGCUGCUAGUUCUGCUGUUUCCUGGGAGGAAUUAUGCCACAUGGAGCAUAAUUUAUCUCACGCUUUUCGCACUUUACCCAAGUUUACUCUUGUUCACACAGUGUGAAUGGCAGCAGCAGUUCUGUGAUGGAGAAAGAAUGAGACAUAUCACCCCUCUGGGCCUUCUGUACCACAUCAGGGGACAGAUUCGUGUGGCUACAGUUCUAUUCUGUAUGUAUGUACGUAUCAGGACGUGAUACUGAAGCAACUACAUGGAGACAUCUUUCCUUCCAAAGAAGGGAGCAAGCUUUCCACACAGGUGCUUUCUUUUUUUACUGUAUAAUGUGAGCUGUUACAUGUAUAUUUUUAUAUACCUAACUCAGAUAAGUUUGGUUGUUUUUAAAUGUACUGGUUUUAAAAUAUGCAUGAUAAAACCAUUACUUCUUUUUGAUACUAUGAAGGUGCAAUAACACUAAUACAGACUAGGGUAGAGAUGAUGUGAAAUCAGGAACCAAGCAUUUAAAGCCAGUAGUUCCUCAAGCACUGGAUCAUGGACAGGUCCUGCAGCACUGGCUGGCCAUCUACGAACAGCAGCUGGGCAUAUGGCACCAACUGUCUCUUCUUCACCUCAUUAAAAAAAAAAUAGAAAUAAGUCCAAUGUAUAUAGUUGCUAUCACUGUUACUAGAAUCUGUUCAGAACACUAAGGUCACAUAAGAACUGUGGUUAAAUAUUUUAUUUUCAAUUGAAGAUAAUUAAAUUCUAGAUUAUACACUCUGGCAGAGAUUACAUGUUCUUGCUAGCAUAAUUAUUAAGCUUUUGGUGUGCACUUAUGACAUUGCCAGCAAUGUCUCCUAAAAGUCCCUACCUCUUCCACUAACAUGCAGUAGGACAGAUGUCAUAAGAUAUAAACUUUUUUGGCUUUUCCAGUACUUUAAUGUCAAAGUAAUACCUAAAUGCAGUGUUAUCUAAGAAGCAAUAAAAUUGUAGUUUGGCACAUGUAAAACA